GAAGGUUGUAGUCCUGCGCGUUGCAGGGUUUUUGCCUAGUUCGGAGUGGUCGCGCCCCUUUUGACAGCAGCGACCCCACAGCGAGGCUUCCCGGGCGCCCUCACGUCCUCGGUGAUUAUAAAGUGCUGAUCUUUUGCCACUGAACAUAAUUGAAACAGAAACCAGGAAGAUGGCAGCAAACUCUUCAGGACAAGGUUUUCAAAACAAGAAUAGAGUUGCAAUCUUGGCAGAACUGGACAAAGAGAAAAGAAAAUUACUUAUGCAGAACCAGUCUUCAACAAAUCAUCCUGGAGCUAGCAUUGCACUCUCUAGGCCUGCUCUGAAUAAGGACUUCCGGGACCAUGCUGAGCAGCAGCACAUCGCAGCCCAACAGAAGGCAGCUUUGCAGCAUGCCCAUGCACAUUCAUCUGGAUACUUCAUAACUCAAGACUCUGCAUUUGGGAAUCUUAUUCUUCCUGUUUUACCUCGCCUUGACCCAGAAUGAAGAAAACACCUGUGAUAAAAGUGACUUUGUAAUAGCAAAUGCCAAAGCUGCUCUCCUUCAGCACUGUACAAAGUGUGACUUUCAGAACCUUGGUGAACUUACAUUUUUUUUGCUUCUUUAAAAGAAAGGAGUAUGUAAGUGAAAGCCAAAAGAAGGGGAACCAGAAUGAUGAGACUUUUCAAAGAUCUGUCAUCUGAGGAAUUGAUUAUGCUGCCUGUGACUGUAACUCUUUUGUUAAUGCCAUUUGAUUUUUUUACUCUAAAUCAGACUCUGAAUUGGAUAGUCACAGAAAAUGAACUCCUAUAUCCUAACAAAUUGGACUGAAUAUACCAUGUUUGCAAUAGACUUUGAAGAACCAGAAAUGAGGGUGCUUUUUAAAAUGCAAACCAAUAGGCUUAAAUAAAUUACACUCAUAUUUGCAGUUCAUAGGAUUAAUAUCAGUGUAUCUUUUAGGUUUAGAGUCAUAUCAUCCAGAAAUAUUUGUUGUGAACUCAUAACUAAUUCCAUUAUUCUCAGUUUUAACAGAAAACCCAGUAUAUGGCUAAAUUACCAACCAGUCUUAAGCAUCCUGUAUAAAUAGUGACUAAAUGCUAUUAAAAACAAUUAUAAGUAAUGUGGUAGCUUUAAAUCUGUACACAGUAGUGUGCCUAUGUGGUGCUAUUGCCCUUUUGUUUUUUGUUUUGGAGACAAGCUCUCCCUAGAUAGCCCAGGCUGGCCUAGAAUUCUGUGUAGCUGUGUAGGCUGGCCUUGAACUCAUGGUCAUCCUGCUUCCACCUCUGUAGUGCUAGGAUAACAGAGGUACAUUACCAUGCCUUAGCUCUUUAUUGUCCAAUUUCUCUAUCUAAUUAAAAAUUUAAAAUUAUGUACGUCGAGCCCCUUUUUAGUUACUUAACUAGGAAGCAGUUCGGCUAAGCAUGUCGCUCUGCAUGGGCCUGCCUUUGACAGAGUCAGGCGUACGCGUUUAAAUGUGCAAGCCUGCUACCCUACCCUAGUGCUACAGAAUGAGGGUCCGAGUCAAAAUAAAGUGUAACAUAUAUCUUACACAACGUUUUCAUGAUUACAAUUAUACUUUAUAUUA